AUGGACCGACUGACAGUGGAGGUGUUACAGACUGAGCUGGACGCACCGUGCACCUGCCUCAUCUCCUCCUCCAGCAGGACCGAGGACUUCAGCAGCACGAGCAGUGAUUUGGGGCUCCUGCCCCGCUCCCGGGGCACACUGAAGUUCUCUCUCCUCUACUGCAGAGAGCGAUGUGAGCUGCUUUUGACUGGCCUGGAGGCCUGGGGGCUGCCUAGCCGGGAGUGUACUGAGUCUGCCGUCCGGGUCCGACUGCUGAGGCACAUCCCAUCCCACAUCCCUGGUCUCCAGUGCAUGGUCCAGGAGUGGAAAAGCCGGGUGGUGAAGAACUGCUGCAGGCCAGCCUUUGGGGACCACUUUGUCUUUUCCCUUCAGGAUGCCGAGGUGGAGAAGAGCACCCUGAAGCUGGAGGUUCAACGAUUUGACAAAUACUCCAGAAACGCUGUGCUGGGGGAAGUCAGGGUCACCCUGAGCGAGCUAAAGGCUUCCCAAAGUUUGGUUUUGUGUAAAGAGCUGCAGAAGACUACAAAGGACGUUGUGGGAGAAGUGCUUGUGUCCCUAAAGUGCCUUCCCAUCUCUCAGAGGAUAGAGGUCGGGCUGCUCAAGGCAAAAACCACAUCCCCUCGAAGCACUGCAGAGAACAAUGUAUAUGCGAGGAUAGAUGUUUCCUGCAGACGCCACAGAGAAAAGCACCAGAAGUCCAGGCCACGGGCCCACACACCGCUCAUCAUCUUCAACGAGACUUUCCUAUUCCACAUGCCUGAGCCCCCAGCGUGGGACUGUACGGUCCUGGUCUCCAUUUAUGAAGUGGACUCAGACUCCAGGCAUCUCAUUGGACAGGCCACCCUGGGGAAGAGAAGAGCGAGCGAAGCUGCCGACCACUGGGGCCUCAUGAUAAAGUCCAUCCAGCAGCCCGUAGCUAAAUGGCAUCCUCUGCUCAUUUAGAGGGGAUGUCUUCUGCAGCAGUUGCAUGUGGUAAAUCUGGCCAGGUUUUCUGUCACAAAGACAAGCCAAGGCAGCGCUCACAGUGGGUACAUCUAAAAAAAAAAAUGGAUCAGAGCCUGAAAUUCAUGCUCCCGAAGACGUGAACAGUUGUAACGAUCUUUUGGCUUUCUCCUGCUCCUUGCUGCUCCUCCAUCUUUGCUGAUCCCAUGACAUCUAUAGGAUAGCAGCAGGGUUUCAGUAGCGCCUUGAGCUGGAGAAGGUUUGUACCUCAGAAAGGAAGUAGCCUGCCCUGCUCACUAUGAGCACUCACUAUGAAUAGACAAGAUGAAAAAGGGAUGAGAAGGAGGAGGAGUCAACGAUCCUAUUUGUAAGAUAGAAAAGCACUAAGAGGUUAGUUGAUUUGUCUAAGCUCAAACAAGAAAUGUAGCUGGGAGCUUGAAUUUGUAUUAAGAUCCUCUCCAGCACUUCAGAAAGCCAUCACCAUUUUUUACCUAGUAAUGUCCCAGGCUUGGCUUGUUAGAACUUCCAAGUUUGUUGCAGAAAGAGUGAAAACAGAGGUCCUGGGGCUAUUGGAGUGAAGCUGUCUCGGUGUGAGCACCACUGUGCUUGCACAGGACAGGUUGCUAACGGGAAAGCGCCACCCAUCUCUACUCCGAGAUGCCAGCCAGAGGCUUUCAUUAGCAGUACAGCCAUCCCAAAGCUGAACACGGACACCUCUCCCCACACUGUGGGCACGAGGGUGAUAUGUCUUCUCUGACCUCCGAGCAGAGACAGCUUCUCAUGCUGCUUGGGAAGAGACAUCUCCCUCCAGGGAAGGAUGCUGCUCCCUGCACCCGGGAGGGCGGCUGCUACGCUGGAAGGUGACCACAGCUACAGGGCUCUGCCCUGGAUCCAUGUCCGGACACAGGGAACACGAAAGCGAGACACGUCAGCCAUCUGCCCACCUCACAUCAUCCUUCUGCCGCAGGAACCUCUGAUGGAGGCUGGAGAAGGGCUGGAGCUGGAGCUGCCUUCCCACCCUCUUCCUCUCCACUCCAGCUGGGUCUGACGACUUGAGCAUUUCCUGCAGCCUGAAGCGGCGAGUUUAGUGUACCUGCUGGCAUUCUUACUGCCAUUAAUUCCAAUGAACGUGGAUAUUCUUGCUGUCCAUAUGCAUUUAGUCUUUUUCUGAAUCUUGAUGUAUUUUUGCCCUUUGGGAAUUCCUGGGCCAUGUUCAUUGCAUGUC